AUGAUAUCCAUUGGAAGCCACAAGCUAGGGCUACUCGAACAUGGAACAAGCACAUCUCCAGGAACCUUGUGGACAGCAAAUCAGGAGAUACCUAUAUACUUUGUUGAAGCUGAGAAGGCUAUUCAACGUCCUCUUAAAGCAGGACAAAUGCCUGUCCAUGAUAGUCUGACAGUCCAUUCAAACCUUUCAAGUUGGCGAAGGUACGGUUUUGUGAUCUGCUUUGUCUCCACUACUGCCUAUCUUGUUGAUGAUCCUGACAGAUCCCGUUCUUUCCCUGCAACAGUGCUGGUAGCAGGAGAAGACAAGUUCAACUUCUUUCUAAACAAUGCACCAGAUACCUUUACUAAAACAUUCUGA